AUGGCUAUGAAGAAGAUGAUGGGCCACGUGCAGUGCUUACUGCCUUUCAUCCUGUACUGCUUCUGUGGAUGCGUGUUGGCUAAUGUACCAAACCCGUAUUCUUUUAUGACUGGUGGUGUUGUUGGUAUCCCUGGUGGUGGUGUUCAUCCUAAUAAUGUAGAGUUCCAACCUGCUGGUAUUCCUGGACCUGCUGUUCCUGGCAGACUUCCUGUUAAUCCUCCUGUUGGUGUUCCUAAGGGUGUUCAACAAAAGCCUUAUACGGACCCUGCAGUCCCACACGGUCCUUGUGGUACUCCUGGUGUGCCUGGUGCUAUCCCUGGCAGUGCUGCAGGUACGAAUACUUGUUCUGCUGGUAUUCCUGGUUCUCACCAUGUUGUACCUUCACCUACAUUUCCCAUUAAACCUCCUCUUUCUACUACUGCUAAACCUCUUGCACCGGCACAAUUUGGUGCUGCGGGUUCUUCUGGUACAUCUCUUUCAACUACACGUGAUGAUCUUCCAUCUAGUCGUCAAGGUGGUAUAAAGGCCCAGGGUGGUCAUGGUGUUGGCCAACAUGAUGUGUCUUCUGAAGUUAAUAAGCUUGCGAAACAUCCUGACGAAUCCACGGAUAAUACUAAACUUGAUAGUGGUCUUGCGCAUGGUGAGAAGGAGUUGGAAGGAGAGUCGGGUGACAGAUCAAAAGGUCAAGGUCGCGGGAAUGAAAGUCAACCAGAACCUGCUGUAUCUCAUUCUCGUACUGUACAAGAUGUAAGUAUCAAGCAGUCUAGUGAGGUGACACAGAAAACAGAGAAUACACAGAAGCAGCCAGUAUCCAGUGAGUCAGGUGUGAUACGUUCUGAUGGGAACCAAGAACUGAUAAAGGAAACCACACAAGGUCCUCAACAAGAUAACCACAAUACAGAAUCAAAUGUCGCAGGUAAACCAAGUACAGACUCCCAUGUUACUGCUGACUCAAACUCACAUCCUACUACAGAUGCAUCACCUAGUGAAAUAACUCAAUCUGGUCUAUCUACUGAUGAUUCAAACACAUUAAAUACCACGAGCACAGAGCCCAACAGUACCACUGAUAAUGUGACAACUACAGAGAAUGAAUCAACAAAUGGUGUGAAUACUGUGGGUGCAUCAGCAGAAGGCAACACCACAGCGAACACGACCUCUGUCACCCUCAAUAUCACCAGUAACGAGGACUCAACUUCACCUACCACCAAUAUAAUUCCUACUAUCCCUGUAAUCAGCAAUAACACCAUAAUGCCAAAUGUGAAGGGUGAUGCAGACAGCAGCAGCAGUAUCAGCAGUUCUGUGUGGGUGCAUGUGCCACUACUGAUUGUGGUUACACUGGCCUGUAUUCUUGUGUGCUGA